CCGGAGACGGAGCUGGAAUACAGAGCCCCACAGGGGUCCCCUAUCUCCCCUAUCGUCUCUAUACUCUAUUUCUCCCCUAGCCUAAAGCUCAACAACCCUAACACCUACUUUAGGUACGCAGACAACAUUAGUAUUAUAGUAGUAGGGACUAAUACUAAAAAAACCACCUAA